AUUAGGGGGCGCUGUUUCCAGUGAUUUAGCGGCCUGUUCGGCCCGAGCUCCGGUUUGUACAGAGACAAGAAGAAGCAGCGGCAAGAACACAGCAGGCCGGUACCAAGAGCCCCGGUGGGGGGGGGAGUCUCCCAUUCCAGGAUGUGGUUAAACCCGGACGAGGUGCUGCUUGCUAACGCUCUGUGGGUGACUGAGAGAGCCAACCCGUUCUUCUUGUUGCAGCGCCGAAGGGGCCAUGGGAAAGGCGGUGGCCUGUCAGGCUUGUUGGUGGGGACUCUGGAUGUAGUUUUAGAUUCCAGUGCCCGAGUGGCCCCUUACCGGAUACUGCACCAAACCCAGGAAUCUCAGGUUUACUGGACUGUGGCCUGUGGAUCCUCCCGUAAAGAGAUCACAAAGCACUGGGAGUGGCUGGAGAAUAACCUACUGCAGACUUUGUCCAUUUUCGAAAAUGAGGAGGACAUCACCACUUUUGUCAAAGGCAAAAUCCAUGGCAUAAUUGCUGAGGAGAACAAGAGCUUGCAGCCUAAAGAUGAGGAAGACCCUGGUAAAUUCAGGGAGGCUGAAGUGAAGAUGAGAAAGCAGUUUGGGAUGCCAGAGGUAGAGAAACUGGUCAACUAUUACUCCUGUAGCUACUGGAAAGGGCGAGUGCCCAGACAAGGCUGGCUCUACCUGACUGUGAAUCAUCUCUGCUUCUAUUCCUUUUUGUUGGGCAAAGAAGUUACUCUGAUUAUCCAGUGGCUGGAUGUGACUCAGCUGGACAAGAAUGCUACUCUUCUGUUCCCAGAAUGCAUCACAGUCCGCACGCGGGACAGCGAAUACCACUUUUCCAUGUUUCUCAAUAUCAGUGAGACCUUCAAGCUAAUGGAGCAGCUGGCCAACAUUGCCAUGAGGCAGCUUUUGGACAAUGAUGGUUUCCAUGAAGAAAGAAACCUUCCUAAACCAAAACGCUCCCUGAAAAAAAUCUCUGCCUUGAAAAGGGACCUGGAUGCCCGAGCAAAGAAUGAACAGUACCGGGCCACCUUCCGGCUUCCUAGGGACGAGUGUCUGGAUGGGCACACAGACUGUACUCUCUGGACCCCGUUUGCUAAAAUGCAUAUUCCUGGACAGAUGUUUGUUUCCAAUAACUAUAUCUGCUUUUCUAGCAAAGAGGAAGAAGCAUGUUUGUUAAUCAUACCCCUUCGUGAGGUUACUAUUGUAGAAAAAGCCGAUAGCUCCAGUGUGCUGCCAAGUCCUCUGUCCAUCAGCACCAAGGGCAAGACGACGUUCCUUUUUGCCAAUCUGAAGGACAGAAACUUCCUGGUACAGCUAAUUUCAGACUUUCUGCAGAAGACAUCAGCACAAAAAAGCAGAGGGGACUGUGUUGGAGUAAACGUACAGAACAAUGGCUGUGAGGAGGGUACAAAGCCAUCUCCCUCCAGCCCCAGUGAUGUGAGUCCCACCUUUUCCAUUCCUCAGAAUAAUGGCAGUGAUGCUCCUACUGCUUCUCAUGGCCUUCUGAAGCUGUUCAAGAGGGAGAAUGAGGAACAACUGAUGCCUAAAUUGGCUAAAGAGAAAAUGAAGGAAGAGUCGUGGAACAUUCACUUUUUUGAGUAUGGUCGGGGAAUGUGUAUGUACCGUACAUCAAAGACAAGAGAUCUAGUGUUAAAGGGCAUUCCAGAGAACCUACGAGGGGAGCUCUGGCUUCUGUUUUCAGGAGCAUCCAAUGAGAUGGAGACACACCCUGGUUAUUAUGCAAACUUAGUGGAAAAGUCCAUGGGAAGAUGCAACUUGGCAACAGAUGAAAUAGAAAGAGAUCUUCAUCGUUCUAUGCCAGAACACCCUGCCUUUCAAAAUGAACUUGGCAUAGCCGCACUACGCAGGGUGCUCACUGCAUAUGCGUUCCGCAACCCAAACAUUGGUUAUUGCCAGGCCAUGAAUAUAGUGACCUCUGUUCUGCUGCUUUACUGUAAUGAGGAAGAAGCUUUCUGGCUUUUGGUGUCCUUGUGUGAGCGUAUGCUUCCUGAUUACUACAAUACGCGGGUAGUGGGAGCUUUGGUGGACCAAGGUGUGUUUGAGGAACUGACCCGUCUGUACCUGCCGCAGCUGUCCGAGAAGAUGCAGGAGCUUGGAGUGAUCUCUACAAUCUCCCUAUCUUGGUUCCUCACCUUGUUUUUGAGUGUCAUGCCAUUUGAGAGUGCAGUAGUGGUGGUGGACUGCUUUUUCUUUGAAGGCAUUAAACUGAUUCUGCAGCUGUCCUUAGCUGUCCUGGAUGCUAACAUGGAGAGUUUGAUGAACUCUGUAGAUGAAGGAGAAGCCAUGACUAUCCUUGGAAGAUAUUUGGACAAUGUUGUGAACAAGCAGAGUGUAUCUCCUCCUAUCCCCCACCUGCACGCACUGCUUACCAUUGGGGAUGAACCGCCCUCUGAAGUGGAGAUUUUUGAUCUUAUCAAGGCUUCUUAUGAGAAGUUCAGCACUCUCAGAGCUGAUGAUAUUGAGCAGAUGCGCUUUAAGCAGAGGCUGAAAGUGAUCCAGAGUUUGGAAGACACUGUCAAAAGAAGCAUAGUCAGAGCCAUUUCAACUGAUUUGGGUUUUUCUAUGGAGGAGCUGGAGGAUCUGUAUGUGCUGUUCAAGACCCAGCAUCUAAUGAACUGCUACUGGGGAGUAAACCGCACCUCUGGGAGCAGACACGACCCCAGCCUGCCCUAUCUGGAACAAUACCUUAUAGACCUGCAGCAGUUUCAAGAACUAUUUAAUCAACUCACUCCCUGGUCCUGUGGUCAACAUGCCCCUAUUCUGGCCACCCGUAUAUUCCGCCUGCUGGAUAGCAACAAAGACUCUCUCAUAAACUUCAAAGAAUUUGUGACAGGACUUGGUGGCAUGUAUCAUGGAGACAUGACAGAAAAGCUAAAAUUCCUCUAUAAACUGCAUAUGCCUCCAGCUCUGAGGCCUGAGGAAACAGAGUCUGCUCUAGAAGCCACCAAUUACUUCACAGAGGACCUACACCCAGAAGUAUCUCCCUUUCUGUCCGAGCUGGAUCUCAUUCUGCAGUGUGAGUUUCCAGACUCUGAUGGACAGGGGAAUGAGUCCACAGCUGUGCAUGGAAAUUCUUCAGAAAAGAAAGAUGAGAAGACAACCACUGCUGCAGACUAUAAAUAUUAUCUCCGUAUGUGGGCCAGUGAAAAAGAGCAGAAAAAGGAGACUAUUAAGGACUUGCCAAAAAUGAACCAGGAACAGUUUAUAGAGUUAUGUAAAACAUUCUAUAACAUGUUCAGUGAGGAUCCACUUGAACAAGAAUUGUAUCAUGCCAUUGCCACUGUUGCAAGCCUUCUACUGCGUAUUGGAGAGGUGGGAAAAAAGUUCUCCAACCCACCCCUCAGAAAUGCAGAUACUGGUCAAGCAAAUAUGACCAGAGAACCUUCUAGUGAGGAAGAAGAGCCAAGUUCCAGUUUAGAGAACCAGCUUAUGAAUGCAACAGAGAGGCACAGGUAUUCUGUACCAGGUUUACCAGUCCCCUCCUGCACUCAAAGCCUACUCCCCUCACAAGAGGAGAUUGAAAACCUCCAAGAAGAUAGAGCUGCAACAGAAGGAAAUAGUCCUACACAACCAACCUCUGAUGAUGAAACCAAGGAUGACACAUCAGGCUCCUCUUAUUCCAUGGUGAGUGCUGGUUCACUUCAGUGUGAGGAUAUUGCAGAUGACACAGUACUAGUAGGAUGUGAAGCUGCUAAUGCAACUGCUAAACAUGGCAGCACAGUAGACGCGGAGUGGGCAAUCUCUUUUGAGCAGAUCCUGGCCUCCGUGCUUACAGAGGCAGUGUUGGUCAGCUACUUUGAGAAGAAAGUGGAUAUUAUUCAGAAAAUCAAACAGAAGAAAGUGGAAAGGCAAAUCAGUUCCUCUAGUGAGCAUGAACUCACCACUGUGUCAGGAUGAUGUGGAACUGGAGGAUCUUCUGCAGCAAUGGGAUUCAGUCCAAUGAGGGGGAACGAAAGUUUUACAGAUCAUUUUAUUCUGCCCUUGUAUUCGAGUAUGCACCCUUCCAUAGUUGCUAAUGUAUGGAAGUAGAUUCUGGAAAACUUUGCAUUUCUGAAAUUGUUUUGCACUUAAAAGAACUUGGAGCAGUGCUCAUCAUUUAUGCAUGUUUGCCUCCAACUACUGUUUUAAAGAACAUUUUUAUAUACUGUGCACCUGCACCUUGCCCUGACACAUCUCAUUCCAUAGCUUGCAAAGGUAAUAUUAGAAACAUGUCUUACCUGUCCCCUCUAUCAUACUGAGCAAGUCUUCUUUUUUUCUCAUCCACUGUUCUAUUAAAUGAAAGAGGUAAUUUGCUUUUUUCAUAAGGCUCUUAGAUUAUCAAUAGUGAGUAUAAGUGAUACAGAUUCAUGUGAUAAAACAGUAUUGUGGUAUAACCAAAUCAGUGUCCUAGCUAAAGUGCAAUAGACAGGUGUACAGAAUCGUAUGCCCCUUCAUAAUGUAUUUACUUAGAAAUAAGUUUUAUUUUGAUGUCAUAUUCAUUUUACACACCUCUGUUACAUGAUAACUACAUAUACACAUAAAAGAUAAGCUACAUGUGAGCUUUUCACAGGCAGGUUUUCCUAUGCUGCUCAUUCAUGCUUUGUAUCCAAACCCCCCCCCCAGUAGAGGACCAGAAACAGCAAAGCCUUUGAACUGAAUGCUAGCCUUGCAACAUAUAGUUUAAACUUGUACACAUCAUAAAAUAAAUAAAUCCAAAAUAUUCAUAACCAUAAACCGCAUCAUCAAUACUCGACACUGAUUACCGACUGAUUAUGACAGUCAGUUCAAGUGUAUACCUAAUAAAAGAUAUAUCCUAUGGUAUUAAAAACUUAAACCAAAAUCAUCCCUUAUACAGGAAUAUAUAAAAGGUCAAGGAGUCUCCAGAAUCACCACGUCCAAUCUCAGGGGGCCAAAUUACAGUAUAUAUGUCUGAUUUUUUAUUAGACCCAGGUCAAGCUCUUACACCAUGCUGCUUUCCAAAUUGGAGCCUUUUAGUCAACUAAAUUAAACUUUUCUGCUUGUAUUUGAAAUAUCUUUGUUCUCCUGCUGCCAUAUUUGCUCACUGCAUGGCUGGCUACAACUUUGUACAGAUAAAUACAUGGCUCCUCUGUUAAGUGACUGCCAAUACACAUUCUGCCCACGGUAGACAGAGCUUCUUUUUUGCUGAGUUUGUGUGAUGUUGGUGUAAGCUAUUACUAUACGAACCUAGUUAUCAAUAUAUCUAUUUACUUAUUUGUUCAUACACUUGAGCAAAUUCUGUUUGGAUGGUUUGGUAAAACCAUUCAGAUGGUGGACCCAUCGGUUAUUGAUGGUCUUCAUUAAUUAGAUGGAAUAUUAUAAAUUGAUUUGUUUGAUUCAAUUUCUGGCCCUUUACCAAGGAGUGGGGAAAAAACUGGGAUUUCAUUUUGCGGCAGCCUUAGAAUCGCUGCACUUUAAAUGAACCGGUACCUCUAAACAAAUGUAAAAGGAGAUCAAUCAUGCUUUUUAAAUAUUAUAGUAAUUUAAACUGCUGGACUACUUAAUUAAUUACUUUCCAUUACAUUCUGUCAUUGUGUUGCCCUUGCAAUGGAAAUAUUAAAAGGGCAAAUAUAUCAAAAUCGUGCCUGGGUGAAUUACUAGAUUGAGAUAGCAGGUGGAUCUAUCACUAGGUACAAUUGAGUGAUUAACCAAAGGGAAACUGACCAGAGUCAGGAAAGUGUCAGUGUUAGUUAAAGAUGAAAAGAUAUCCCCUUAAUUAAUUCUGUUAUAUUUUUAUUUAAAUAAACUAAUUUCCAAUAUGUUAGGAUUAACUGCAAAUUUUAAAUAUUAAUUUAAACAAAGUAUGACAUAAAUUCAAAACAUAGCUUUUUUUUUUUUUUGAAUUUAUGUCAUACUUUGCUUAAAUUAAUAUUUAAGAUUUGCAGUUAAUCCUAACAUAUUGAAAAUUAAUUAGUUUAUUUAAAUAAAAAUAUAACAGAAUUAAUUAAGGGGAUAUCUUUUCAUCUUUAACUGGGUGAAUUACUACUUACUUCCUUCAAUCAACCCGCUUUUGUCAGUCUGACUUACCAAAGACCAAAGAUGUGCCAUUUUUUUACCAAGUGAAGUGACCAAGUGUCAACAAAAUUGUUGUCCAAAGGUUCAUCCUCUGGAUAACAGUUUUAUGUGUAGAAAUGGCUAUGAAUCUCCUGAACUAAGGUAAUUAUCGGAACUUAUUCACAAUAUUCUAUUAAAUACCCAGCUGGUCUUAACAUUGAAAGUUACUGUACUAGAUAGACAACUGCAGGGUUAGACUUGCUUAUCAGAGAAUGUCAUUGUGUGCCCCAGUCUUCAAUAAUUAUUAUUCUCUCUUUCUUAUUUCCAUCGUAAGUAUAUAAAACAUAUAAAUACCAUUUGGCACUGUCUCCAUUUAAUUUCAAUGGGACUAUUCCCUGGAUGUCAGUUUUUUUGUGGGCUCUCAGAGGACUAGUCCAACACUGGUUAAAUGGCUAUGGCAAGGAAGGCCAAUAUUAGUCUUGCUGUGGAUCCACAAUUCACAUCCCUGAAAGGCUAAGGGCAGUAAAAUAGCCAUGAAGAAAGUAAUAUCUUAUAGAAGGAAACAGCUUUGUUUGCACUUGGAAAUUGUACACUAAAAUGUGACUACGGCUGUUCUAAAAUGAAUAUAAAUUAUUUUAUAGCUUAGCUUAGUUCUGGCCUUAGCAAUAUACAUCUCUUCCCUUUUUAUGUUGUAGGAUUUUGGUUGUCUUUACCGGGCAACCUGGUCAUAUCUUUUUUUUUUUUUCUCCAUGUUCAGAUGUGCAUUGUCUAGAAUUUCCCGUGUUUACAUCCGCUCUCUUGUUCUACUGGCUUCUACAAGUUCCGUGAUACAUUUCAAACCUAACCGUUCUAUUGAUGAUGCACACCUUUCUCUUAAUGAUUUUCCAUUAUAUACACACACAAUAUCAUGGCAUUUCAGUGCUGUUUUGUGGUUGUAUACUCAUGGCUCCAAUGCUUUGUCUUAUUCCAGUGUAAUUUAUUCAUGUUUUAUUUUGUGUCGUUUUGUUUUAGUCUGAAAAUGAUAAUGUGUAUGUUUUUAAUCAUCUGUGAUUAUACAUGUACUCAAUAAACAACAUUUAAUUUAA